CUGCAAAGCUAGGGUAUCAGCACUUAUCAAAGAUAACAAGAGCAAAUAACCUAAGGAUAGACGUCUUGUAUUGACAAUGGAUGAUCUUUCUAAAGCCUUGCGUGAGCCAGCGCCGUCGACUCAGCCCUCAGCUAGUAGCCAGAGGCCGGCCGGUGAACCGAAAGGAGCCAGAGACGACGCGAUGGGCAGGGCGCCGUGCUGCGACAAGGCGAGCGUGAAGAAGGGGCCGUGGGCGGCGGAGGAGGACGCCGUGCUCAGGGCCUACGUCGCCGCGAACGGCACCGCCGGCAACUGGAUCGCGCUCCCCCGCAAGAUCGGGCUGAACAGGUGCGGCAAGAGCUGCCGGCUGCGGUGGCUCAACUACCUCCGCCCCAACAUCCGGCACGGCGGCUUCACCGACGAGGAGGACCGCCUCAUCUGCAGCCUCUACGUCAGCAUCGGGAGCAGGUGGUCGACCAUCGCGGGGCAGCUGCCGGGGAGGACGGACAACGACGUCAAGAACUACUGGAACACCAAGCUCAAGAGACGCCUGCUGGGCGCCGGCCGCCGCCCGAUCAGGUACGCGCUGGCGCAGCAGCCGCGCCUCCUUCCAGCGAUCCCGGCCGCGUACUCGGCCGUGGAGAGGAUGCAGCUAAGCGUACAGCUCCAGCGGCACCACCUGCACCCUGCCGGCCACCAGCUGCAAGAAACCCCGGGCCUCAUCACUUUCCACAGCAAUCUCGCCUCGCCACCGUGGCCCAGCCCAAGCCCAAGCCCACGCCAGCAGCAACCUGGUUACUCGGCCGGGUUCUGGUCUCACUUUGGAACUAGUAGCCGCGUCAGCGUGCCAGAUGAUCAUCAGUGCGCCUGGAGGGACAGCAGCGGCGGGACGGCCACGCCGCUGUCCUCGAGCACCACCACAGGCGAGACGGCGGCGGGCAUCGACAGCUCGAGCUCCACGCCGACGGCGAGCCCCGCGGCCUUCGGCUGCGAGAUGGACGACGAGAUCGAGAUGCUGCUCCGGCAGAUCAGGGGCUUGGAGGAGAACGUCGACGGCAGCGCUGGGUCUUGGAGCUCGGCCUGCUCCACUCCGGGAGUGGACUCGGUGUUCCACGACUAUCUGCAAGAGUACAAUAUGUAGUAGAAUUAUACGUAUAUAUACUCUAGGCAGGUGAAAAUCUGAGUAUCAUCAGAGUAUAGGCUGUUGGUAUCUGAAUAUACGAUCUGGAUACUCUAGGUAUGUGAAUAUUCCCCUAUUUCAGAGUAUAGGCUGUAGGCUUUUGAAUUAUCCCCUAUUUCAGUGCGUAGCUUCUUCUCUGAAUAUUUUUUUUGCUCGAGUGUGUGUAUCGUCAAUGCAGAAGUAAUAUAUACAUGAUUGCAUA